CGUGCUUAAACCUUUCACGAAAACGCUAAUAUGAAUUCUGUGUUGUAUAAUCGCAUAGAAGAGUAAUCACACUACCGGUAGUUUGCCGGCUUAACACGUAACACGAGUGUUCUGUAUCGAGGUUUAUGUCGUCACGAGGUUUUCUUCGCCUCAUAUAAUAAUAAUCAUUCGAUGAUAUCAGGUAGUGGUCGAUGGGGUAAGCGAGGAAGCUCUGAAACAACGGUUACCACAAUUGGCGUGGGGUUUGGCUAGACAGGGUGGCCCAAGCGCUGCUCAAUUGGCCAGAAUCGCGAUGCUCAGACUUAGACCUGCUCUUCUUCUCGAGCAACUCUUACAACCGCAGUGUCUCGAAGCAAGAAACGCCAAAACUAGAGAAAACACUUUACAAUUGUUAAUCUUCUCAUUGGUGACGUUUCCGAGUACGGAAUUUAAAGUAGACACCGUGGCUAACAAAAUUGCUAAAAUGGUGAGGGAUCGUCGACGAAGAGUGCGACAGGCCGCGCUCGAUACUUUGGCAGUUUUGGCACAGAUCUACGAGCCCGAGGAAGUGAUUGCAGCAGGAAAGCGAGCAUCGGAAGGUCAUCACGAUGGCGGCGCAAUGAUGUCCGCUAUCAGAGCUCGUCUAGCGCGGAAAUCAUUACCCUUGGUCUCUGCCGAUGGUCUAGUGAUGUACGGUUUGCAAAUUUCUCCCACCGUACAAAUAGCUACAGGACCUGAUGUCGAUUGGAUUGUAGCGGGAAGUGGUUCGGUUUCGUCCGGCGUCGGCCGUACCAAAGGCAAAAUUAUAGCGACGAGGUCGGAAAAAGAAAGAUUUGUAAGGUAAUAUUGUGAAUUAGAGAUAUAGUAUGUACAGCUAUAUUCAGAUAAUAUUAAAUUAAACAGCAACCUUAGGACAUACAGGGUGUUCCGGAAUGCACGCCAUUACUCUGAAAGUGUAAGAAAGCGUUGAAUUCUAAGUGAAAAGUUUCUCUUCUAUUUUUUCCUCCAAUCGCUAUUGUGCAUACGUGCCGAAAGCACAGACAGAAGAGAAAAAAACGAGCGUCCAAAGUAUUUUUAUUGUUCCCGUAACAGAUGUAACACCAGCUUUGGAGAAGUUCUUGCCUCUUUCUCAUAUAUUAACAUUUCUACCCCAAUUAUAUGUUUAACCCUUGAAAAGCUGCUAUCAGUAUAAUAUCGUAUGCACUAAAACAGAAACCUAAUAAAGAAAUUCUAUUACGGUAUUAAAAAUAAAUUCAAACUCUGAA